AUGUUAGCGGUGGGGGCGAUGGAGGGCACCCGGCAGAGCGCGUUCCUGCUCAGCAGCCCGCCCCUGGCUGCCCUGCACAGCAUGGCCGAAAUGAAGACCCCGUUGUACCCCGCGGCGUACCCCCCGUUGCCCGCUGGCCCCCCCUCCUCCUCGUCCUCCUCCUCCUCCUCGUCGUCGCCCUCCCCGCCUUUGGGCGCCCACAACCCAGGCAGCCUGAAGCCCCCGACGGCGGGGGGGCUCUCAUCCCUGGGCAGCCCCCCACAGCAGCUCUCAGCCGCCACCCCCCACGGCAUCAACGAUAUCCUGAGCCGGCCCUCCAUGCCCGUGGCCUCAGGGGCCGCCCUGCCCUCCGCCUCGCCCUCGGGUUCCUCCUCCUCUUCUUCCUCGUCCACCUCCGCUUCCUCCGCUUCGGCAGCUGCCGCGGCGGCCGCGGCCGCUGCAGCCGCCGCCUCAUCCCCAGCGGGGCUGCUGGCUGGCCUGCCCCGCUUCAGCAGCCUGAGUCCGCCGCCGCCGCCGCCUGGGCUCUACUUCAGCCCCAGCGCAGCGGCCGUGGCCGCCGUAGGUCGGUACCCCAAGCCGCUGGCCGAGCUGCCCGGCCGGACGCCCAUCUUCUGGCCAGGAGUUAUGCAGAGCCCACCCUGGAGGGACGCCCGCCUGGCCUGCACUCCUCAUCAAGGAUCCAUUUUGUUGGACAAAGACGGGAAGAGAAAACACACGAGACCCACGUUUUCUGGCCAGCAGAUCUUCGCUCUGGAGAAGACUUUCGAACAAACGAAAUACUUGGCGGGGCCCGAGAGGGCUCGCUUGGCCUAUUCGCUGGGAAUGACGGAGAGUCAGGUCAAGGUCUGGUUCCAGAACCGCCGGACCAAGUGGAGGAAGAAGCACGCGGCCGAGAUGGCCACGGCCAAGAAGAAGCAGGAUUCGGAGACCGAGCGGCUCAAGGGGGCUUCGGAGAACGAGGAGGAGGACGACGACUACAACAAGCCUCUGGACCCCAACUCGGACGACGAGAAAAUCACGCAGCUGCUGAAGAAGCACAAGUCCAGCAGCGGCGGCGGCGGCCUCCUGCUGCAUGCGUCCGAGAACGAGAGCUCGUCCUGAGCGCC